AUGCGUCUAUCCGCCCCUUUGAGCCUUCUGGCUUUGUUUCAAGUGGCCAACUGCCAGGACAUUGUUAGCUUUGGUCCUGCCUUCUCGCUUGGCCCAACGAAGUCGUGGAUUCGUGAAUCCACUACGACACUGGUGCUACCUAAAGUUCCGAGCCCUCAAAAAGAUCGACUGGCUCUGUGGGCUGGCAUGGGUACCAGUGGCGGCGAUUUGAUCCAAGCACUCGCUGUUGCCUUUUCCGAUCCCAAAGGUAAUUGCGGCGCCAGCAAUGGUCAAUGGUGUACAUGGGCCAGUACUCUAGAAGAUACGCAGCUUGGAGGUACAGAGGUUCCUGCCUCAACUGGCGACAAUUUGACAUUCCACUAUAAAUACAACGACUCUACCAGGAAAUACGACCAGACUGUAGCAAUCAACGGCAAAAUUGUAUCCUCUCUCUCAACCUCAUCCGGAUUUGCAGAAGGAUGGGGUACCGCGGUAGAAUGCCAAGACGAUGCAUGCGUUGGGACUACAGCUGCUCACAAAUACCUUUCCACUACUAUCAUCCUGAAUGCAACUGAUGCAACAUUCGGAGAUACUCUGGGUCUCAAUAAGGCUACUUCAUCUGGUCUGUCUACAACAGAUGGUGGGAAGACUUGGAAGGUGGCUACAAUCAACAUCCAAUCCCAUACCUUCGACGUGACCAGUUAA